AUGUUGAAAAACUUUCUAACAAAGUCGGUUUCCAUAUCAACAGUUGUCUCUUCUUCCAGUAGUGAUAAUGAUAAUGCAGAGGACAAAAGGGAAGAGUUGGUUACUAUUGACAAUCUCCAGCAAAAAUCCAUACGAAGAUCAUUUUCAUUCACUCAUCCAGUUAAGGUGGAAAAGUUCGAAGAGAUAGCUAAUUCAAGUCAUGACACUUCUAAGAAUAGUAUUGAUCCAUAUUCCCCUACAAAUCUAAAGAAAUCAAGAAGUAUUACUUUCAGCGGCAAGCAUUUUCCUAUUGUUAAAAGAACCAAAUCUGUUCAAUUCAAAUUAGCUAAUAAUAGCACUAUCGAGUUGUCGCCAUCAAAUAAUCCAAUUAAUACUUCUCCUACUCAAGGCGGUCCACAUUCACACUUGGAAAAUAGUAAUGGUUUCACUUUGGGAGCUGAAUCUGGGAAAGUUCUGCCUUUUAAGGAACAUCGAACUAUGGACAAUGUAGUCCAAAGAAGACUAUCGGCUGCUUUUGAGGAUUUCCCCCUUAUCAAUGAAGAAUCAUUCAAAGAAUCUGAUCCUUCCGCUUAUGACUUAUCAUCCGGAGGAGUAGACAGUCCAUUUCCUCUAUCUACUAAUUACGAUACUAGCGGCGACGAACUGUCCCAGAGCUUAUCAUCAUCAAUAAAAGCUCGUCACACUGAUGAUGUUCAGGAACACACCUUUACACUUCUAAAAGACUUGUUGGAAAUUGAGGAUAAAGAGCUAAAUUUAGAUGACACUUGCCAGAAAGUAAUACAAGCAUAUAAUGAAAAGCUCCAAAAAGGGGAAGAGCUUAUGCUAAACAUUGAUACUUUAAGAAAAGAAAAGGAAUCUAUCGAAGCGUCAUUACUGAAAGAACAUGAAAGAGUUGAAUUUUUAACAAUUGAACUUGAAACUAAAAGUGAUGAACUAGAAAUCCAAUGUAAAACUUUGUCAGAAAGUUACCAGAAACAGUUGGAAGAACUUAAGUUAGAUAACGAUUCUCUUUCCAAUGAGAAGAUAAAGUUAAGAAAUAUGAUACAGAGGUAUAGACCACAAGAAAACUGUAUAGAUUUAGCUGAAUUAGUAGAAGACAUUUUUAGAAAAGAAGAAGAGUUUGAAAAUAAAGCAAAGGAUUCAAAUGAUGUCAUUCAAAGAAUGAGUCUUGAAAUCAACCAACUUAAAUUUUCAGAACACGAAUGUUUGUCAAAAUAUAACCAAACUAAAGACAGUCUCGAUAGAUCAUAUCAGGAGAACAGUAUAUUAUGGAAUCAAUUAAAAGAAAUCCGUGAGAAUUUUACAGAUUUAGAAUCAAUUAUUAAUAAAAAAGAUGACCAAAUCAAGACUUUGGAAUCCAGCUUGAACAAUAGAGAAUUACUAUUGAUUGAAAUGAGGAUCCAAUUGCAGGAUUCAAGAACUAAUAAGUCAUAUCUUGAAGCUAGAAUAGAAGAUUUGCUUCUUAAAAUUCAAUCGUUAAAUGGACUACUAAGUGAGGCUGAAAAUAACUCUAGAAUCGAUACGUCCGAAUCGGAAUUAUUAGAAAAUCAAACUGAAAAUGUUCGCUUAGCUCAUAAAAGGGAAUUGUUAAAACUGGGGAGUAAAGUGAAGGAAAUUAAAAAUGUAAUCUACGUGUCAAAGGACAAACCCACAACUAGUAAUGAAUUGGUAAAUGUUUUGAAGCAAGAAGUAGAACAUCUUGUUUCUAAAAAUAUUAAAUUACAACAUGAUCAUGAAAUAUCGGAGAAAUCAUUAGAUAUGACAAAGAAGAUUCUAAAUCAAAUUCAAGACACCAAUGCAAAACUUUUGCAUUACAAAUCAGUUCAGAAACAAAAGUACGUAGAAUUACACAAAUCUAAUCAUUUGGCGAUAAGCUCUAUAAAGCAGUUAUUUAAAGGUAGCUGGGAACUGAUAUCUCCAUUAAUUUAUGAAGAUUCUCAAGAAUACUUCGAGACGUUAUAUUCCAAGUUUGAUAAAAAGGCAGUUUUGCAUUCAGAUGAUGGGUUUAUAAUAGAUAAAUUAACUCGCUUCUAUCAAAGGGUAAUACUGGAUUUGGUAAAUGAAUUUAAAGUUCACGAGAAACCAGUCUACGAUGAACUAGACAAACGUGAAAGAAAAUAA